GUAAAAAGUAGUAAGACGCAAUGAUACAAAAAUACAAUCUAGAAGUGGCCCAGUAAAUCUAAAUUUCUAUAUUCUUUCAGCAAUAGAGAGUAAUCCCAAUUGUAGUUGUACACUUUAGCGACUGAAAAGUAGAUUUUUGUGCAGGUACACGGUAUUUUUCAUGAAUUGAGGAAAACGCCGAUAACCGUAUUAUUUGACUCCCAUAACUAUUUUCUUCGAUAAUUUUCUAUACGUUGAUACCUCAUUCUGAUAUUUGUAUAUUGGAAGUAAGUACAGAAACUUUUUGAUUCUCGUAUGUCGACGUAAAAUCAAGUGUAAAGUCAAUUUUCAUGUUGUACCGUCGGGUUCGGGUCUAUUAAGUACUUAGAAUAAGGGACCGUAAAACAAAAUCCUUAUAUCGCACUUCAAAUUUGGUGUUUUCUCUCGUCCAGCGACGUACUCUAGCCAAUCUCGCAAAUGGGCAAAAGGAGUCAACAUCGGGGAAGCGGCCGGCGCCGCGGAGCUGCAGGUGGCAGCAACUACAGCCCGGACGAGCGUCGAAGCCCCCGUCGUGAGGAAGACAGGGUUGACCACAGCACCCGGAAAACCAUCAGUGGAAAAUGGUCCUCCUCGAGGCGCAAGCGCGAGACCACAGCAGGGGAGAUGCGAGAUGACAUGGCGACCCGCAAUUCGCACGACACGCCACGGGACUCUCCCACAGGUACCUCUUCGCACAGGCACGAAUACAGCACCACAGCGACUGCUGGUAACACGAUCGAUUCUUCCCGCGGCUUCGGGCCGGUGGGUCAGGAAAAACGAAAGCAACCGGUUGAGCACCAGCACAAAGACCCAAAGCGCGACGAAAGAGAGCCCCGGGAAGACCUAGUCACGGAUGAGCAGCUGAGGAAAAAUGUACGGCACGGAAAAGUAGACCCACACUAGAAAAAAGCGAAUUGGUGUUGUUCAUUUGGCGUCACAGCGACCUGGGAAAUUUCGGAUACCACCAUGGAGACAGUUUUCUGGUGUGCAGACUGCAGUUGUGUGUGAUGCGGUUUAGCAGUUAGAGGGGUAGCAAAGGCUUUGUCAUGCUGAACAACGAAAGAGAGUUUGCUUGUAGCCCUAGGAACCAUAAAGACAAACAUUUUUUGUGGUAUGGAUCCGUCUACUUUUCUCUGCGAUAGAGCAAUGAAUUCACGGGGAAAAUGAGGACGACACGCGUUGUCGGCCUGAACUCCGACUGUAGCGACGAAGAGGGACUUGAAGAACUCCCUGAAUAUGACCUACGGCGUACCCGCACGGAGCUCGCGAUCGACGGAGACAGCCAGUACGGCAGCAGCAGCAGCAGUGAUGAGGACGAGAUUCAUCAGCAUGAUGCACGACGAGAGGAAGCCAGCAGCGACGGUAGUUCAAGUAGCGGUGAUUCAUCGUCCGAAGACGACGUCCCGCUACAGCCCAGCAAACUCGGCCGGCCUGAUUACGUACAGACCCAUGCGGAGGGCGAGGAAGCAUUGUACGCACUUGGAUUUCGGGUGAUGGAUCCGAACAGGCAGACGGUGGGCAACAAGACUCGACGUGACCUCUUCCACCCACGGACGCCAAAGAAAUUCAUGCAGGGAUACUUCAAGUGCUGGAACGGAGACAGCCAAGAGCGGGAGGAGUUUGUGAGUGAAUUUCUGAACGAAGCAAGCGUCUUCGUUCCAGCAUCUUCAACAUCCAGUACGGAAAAAAACCGGGGACCUGCGGCCAUGAAAAGCUACUGGGCCAGAAUCCGCAAAACGCAGGUCCUCGUGUACAAGAAGGUCAACAUCUCGCUCGUGGACACGUUGCGCCGCUCUGCGGUGGUCGAUUUCCAGGUGAAGUGGGAAGCCAUGGAUGAGGGCGGAAAACCUGCUGGACGGCCAACCGAGGCGGCUUUUCAGGCAAUCCUCUACUUUGACGAGUACGGGAAACUUAGACUGAUGAAGGAAUAUUUCGUUUUUCUGCGUCGCGGUGCGUUGAAGACGGCAGACUCGGACGAGCAGCGCAAGCUCGAAGUGGAAGAAGAAGAAAAAGAACGGCAGGCGGCUUUGCUCGCCGAGAAAGACGACCUGCAGAACCACCGUGUCGCCACGGACCACGAAGUAGAGCAGAACCAUCUACUUUCCGACUCGGACAUCUCGCAAGCGUCGUCUGACGUGGCAAUGGACGACGUCAUCUACGAUGCGGACAACAGCGACGGGUCUAAAGCCAAGCAGCGUGGACAGGAUGCAGAUCGGCAUCCGAAAAAACCGUGGAAGGGACUACAGCUUUCUCCGCGAAAGCCCGUGGGGAAGGACAAGAUGGUUGACAGCGACGAGGAAAGCGCGGACGCUCCACGGGGUGGUGCGGGUGAGAAUCAGGAUCAGCGAGGCAAAGAGCAGGGGACCACUCACAUGGAGAUUUCGGCAGCGGACAACGAGGCUGGCAGGGACGAGGACGUCGAGAUGAUGAACGGCGAGGAAAACCCGCACGAAGAGGAACCGUACUACGACUCAGAUUUGUACUGGUCUACCGACGGAAGCAUUGGGGAACAGCGACGGUUUGAGGCGAUGAUGAAGGAGGAGCAGCUGAAGGGCAACACGCCACAAAACCACACUUCCGCGCAGCACAGAGAAGACGGCAAGCAUCAUGGUAGCUCGAAGAAAACAAACGCGAAGAGCGACGACCCCCUGCCCCCGACCGUCAUCAGCGAAUCGUGGAAGCUGCACGAGGAUGUCCUGGGCAUAGGACGCAGAAAUGAAAAUGAAGGUGUCAAGCUGGGUAGAACAAAAAAGAUCAAGGUGCCUGAAUUUGCCCUGGAUGCGAAGGAGUCCUUUUCGCCAAGGAAACAAUUUUGCACUGCGACCUUCACUGAGUUCCUGGAUGACUACGAAAAGUGCUGGAAUCGAAUAGGGUGCAUGCACCGUGACGACCCAGCGGCUUUCGGCCCAACCUUACAUCGGGCGGCGCAAUGGUACGAGCACCGGGUGCCGCAUUGCGACGAGACUGGCCAACAAAUUCAGAAGGACUUGAUUGAAAGUGGCGAGAAACAUGAGGGAAGUGGCGAAUGGGAAAGCGGACGAGGCUCCUCGCCGAUACAAGUCAGCGAGGACAACAUCAUGGGCGACAACGGCGAUGCGGGACGGCAAGAUCAAGCAGUGCGACAGGCCGCCGACGCGCCGACGUUUGAGAACGGUGACAGCAAUGCGCACGGUGUUAUUCUGAGUAAAAACGUUUUCACUCCACCACAGUUGUCAUGCAGAUUUGCAGAGACAGGAAGACUUGUAAUGCGCAACAUCCCCAUGAGAGCCAUUUUCAGCCGUUUUUCGGCAUUUGUCAUGCUGUAAACACGACAAUGAGAUGGCUUCGUCAUGCGGCGGUCCUUGCUAAUCUGAAACUCAAUACAGAGAAUAAUUUGUCAUGCGUGGCGCCCAAAACUUCUCGAUUUGUGUUGCACGGUGCCAAACUUGUUGACUACGGAGUGAACACGUUUUUGCUCAGGAUAGGUUAUGCGUUUGCCUUCAAGUGGUUUUCCAAAGGUAAGGUGGUGGCAAAGCUUUGCUGGGAAUCGGGGGGCAUCAUGAAAGAGUAUUAUGGUCCGGAGGAGAUUGGUACCAAAUGCAAAUAUGUCUAAGUAGGCUUAGAAAGAUACCAAAGUUUUGUCUUUGACGCCGAGGCUUUUGCAUGAAGAGCAUUGCAUUUGGAGGGCAUAACAGCAUGGCAAGUCUCUCUCGGCUUUUUGCAAAUCGAUCAAUCACUUACAUCACGAGCUACCUUGCAGCACGACGAACGAGGUGGCCGCUCGCAUUUAUGCAUCAAGUUUGAGCACUGUGCUUGAAAUGAUCCCGCAUGAGAAAUCCAGAGGCAGACGUAGUUUUGCAAAGUGCAUACUUGCGGGGGACUUCUGGGCCAUGUGGACGAACGAAAGAGGGCAGCAGCUCCUAUCCGGAGCAAAGACGUUCUCGCCCCAGCGUUGUCGUGCUGGUUGGCGUCUACAGAAACGGCGUUAAUGCGCAUGCGCAUGGGGCACGAGGCCGCGCUCUGGGGUUUGUAAUGGUGUAAACAGGACAAGCAGGCGUCUUUCUGAUGCGGCUGCUCUUGCUCCUCAGCGCUACGCUGUAGACAUACACCUGUCAUGCAUAAGUCCCUAAACUUGAAGAUUUUUUGUGUUGCAGAUUCAUUUACAAAGAAACUUGGCUGUGGGAUGGGGGACGUUUUUGCUCAGGAUAGCUCCUCUCUUUUCGUUACGACCAGAAUGCGAUCGUCGUGGAUACUCGGCGACGUAUCCGAUGCGAAUCGGUCACGGUCACGAUCUGGAGCAUUUAGCGCCUGCGUUGCCUGCUGUUUGUGUAUUGCAAUCCUGAUCCUGUGGAGCCUUUCUUGCAUGGCUGGCCAAACAUGCCCGAGCCUCUUUGUCAUGCGAGAAAAUAGUUGCUUGAGAUAGCGUCACAAGCUUCCAAAUGACCGAGACGCGCUUUCAGUGCAUACGAUGCAGGGCCUACGCAGAGGUUGCCGUGGAGUAUGCGAACCCCGACAAGGUUAUCCCACAAGAAAAGCCCGCCGACGUGAUAUUUAUAAAUAGUGCCAGAGAGCCCACGGCGCCAAAGAGAAAGCCUGGCGCGAGCGAGCCCCCCGGCGUCUCAGGUCGCCAGCUAUGGAAGACAGAUUGUCUCGUGCAUUAUAGGCGUUUCGGUUGUAUUUGCAUAUUAUAGAUUUCGCGCGUCAGCUUUUUUCGUUUUCUACUGUGGGAUAAAAUUGCGGAAAUUUGGGACAAUCAGACUACAGACGCAGUGGGAGCAGAGGCAUUGCGGGUGCCAAAUUGUCUGCAUGCGUGAGAAGUUUUCGGAGCUCGGCAGUGGAGACAGCAACAGCCGUGCGAGCACUUUUUUUCGUAAUAAUACCCACGCGAACAAGAAAGCUGCCCACUUCAAGAAAAAGAACAACAAGAAAAAUAGCAAGACGGAGAAGAACCAGAAGCAGGAGAACUGGAAAUCGCAAAACAAAAAGCCGCAGCUGCAGAAGAACGAGCUGCGGAAGGACGCGACCAUCCCGAAGAAGAAGAAGUGGGGAAAAACUUACCCAGCGUAUGAACUGCAAAAGUGCCGUACUCUUAUAAAUGCAUUACAAAUUUUCUUAGCAUGGGAAAUCAAAUUUGUAAUGCGGAUCUGCCUUGAGAAAAUGAUUUGUAAUGCAAGACUUGCAUUCAAGUAAAUUUAUACGAAUACGAUACUUUUGCACAGGAUACAGUGUGGGCGGGACCGAAAGUCACGCCAGUAGCAGCAAAGAUCGGAAUAUCGCAAGAAAAAAGUGCUACAGUUGAGUACACAUUGUGUUGCAGGCCAAGCAACACAGACCAGCUCUUUCAUGCCGCAUAUGCAUAGGAGCUUCGCUUCAUAGGUGUUUUCCCUUAGGAUUUCUGCAUUGCAAGUUUUCUGUCGUCUCAUGCAUAGAAAUUUGUGUCGCUGAAUUGACUGUAACUGUAACACUCUUUUCGUGCGAUACGGAGCUGGCGCGAAAAAUCAAGAUGUUUCCAACGCGAAAACGGGGCUGAAGACCACAGUAGAUGACGAGGUCGCGACCCCCAAGAAGCCGUUCGAUGCCGAUAUUACCGCAUCUAUCGAAGAAAUGGCGGAAAAGGGCCCAGAUGAAACGGGCGAGGAGCACCAGCGGCGGGUCGAAAAACUAGCGCUGGAGAUGAUGCGUGGGGAAAAAUAGUAUUUAAAAUAAGCAUCACCAUAGCGUAUGUGCUGCAAUGAUUUAACCUGCCGACAGUGAAACUACUAUACAAGAAGUCGUGACUAGUAAUUGAUAAAUGAAAAACAUCGCUCGCUAAGUAAAAAUGUUGAAAUACUGAAAACAAAUAAUCUUGUGAAACAUUCUCAGG